AUGGUGUCUGUCCUGGAGGCCAAGCCGAAGUCCCGUCGGGGCGGCUUCUCUCAGUGGGUCAAGGCAGAGGUUGAGGAGAAGCCGGAGCCCAUCGAGGAGGAGAACACAUUGACGGAAGAGAAGACAGACACGACAGAGGUGGACUCCGACGACACCGGGGCAUCUUGUGAAUCAGUUCCUGCAAAAGGCUUGGCUGACGACGAGCAGGACGCCCUCCGCCAGUACACGGAGAAGUUUGGUGAGAGCCGAGAUGGCACAGACUCAGGAUACAACCGGGUGGCCUUCCCCUGGUUCAAGGCCCAGCCCGUGCAGACCCCGCAGGUCUCCACUGAGGUGUUGCAUGCAGCACUUGCGCGCCAGCCGCGAGAGAAGAAGAUCACGAAGCAAUCAUUGUGGGAAGUGGACUCGGAGGGUGAGGAGGUGCCGCUGUGCACACGUUGCUCGCUGCCUGUGGGGGAAUUCUCCUACCAGGGCCGCGAGGGCAAGCAGACCUGCGUGCACCCGGAGUGCAUGGCCCAAGUGCUGAUCCAGGACCGCCAGCGGGAGGAGGAGAACCGCAACAAGCGAGAGAGCGUGAAGAAGCAGAAGAAUCGCCGGGAGUACGACAUCGGAUGGCGCAUGGACAGCGUCCCCAAGAACCAGCGCCUGGCGGAGCGCAUGGGCUGCAGCCCGGCGCCCGAGGGCCUGUGCUGCCUGGUGCUGGAUGAAGCCUCCCGCACUGUGAAGGUGGCGGCCACUCUGGAGCCCUCGGCGGGCAUCAACUUGGAGUAUCUGCUGCUGGCGCUGAAGGUGCGGAAGACGGCGAAGCGGGAGCCUUUGUUCUCCCUGGACCCGGUGGACCCCCAGAACCUGGAGAAGACCCCCCAGAAGAAGGUGUACGAGCCGGAGUGGUUGGCCGGCACCAGCGUGGGGGACGUCAUGUUCCAGGCGGACUACUUCCUCAAGGAGCUCGCGCUGGGUGAGUACGCCAUGCCGGUGGUGGGCAUGCUGAGCGUCUUCGACUGGUCAGAGAUGACCAUGAGGAAGGACAAAGCCUGGGCAGGCCGCGAGUGGUUCGUGGUGCGGAAGGCGGAGGUGAGGAUGGCACAGGACAACACCUUGAUCCCCCACGUGAAGAUGGGCGUGGAGGCGCGGGAGCAGGUGGUCACCCGCAAGGGCCUGGAGGACGCCGCCGUGACGCUGCCCCAGCACCCCCUGAAGAAGUUCGCGGACGCCUUCUCGAGGAAUUUCGACUUAAUCGCGGAGCGGAAGAGCGUGAUUUUCCAUCUCAGGGAGCUGGCCAAAGCUUCGGUGAUGGCCAAGUACCUCAUCGACUCCAAGGCACGGCUGGACCCCACCUGGUACCAAAUGGCCGAUGAGAUCGUGCAGGCGGCGGAGCCGGAGCCAUACCCGGAGAUCCCCCAGCUUUGGAACAUGCGGGGCAACAGCCGGAUCCAGCUGAAGAACGGCAAGCUGGUGGACAUCAUCACGGGCGGCCAGAGCAACUUGCAGGCUAUCUAUGGAGGCGUGGAGUUCGGGUUGGACCGCUUCGAGCUGGCGCAGCGCCACGCCCUGCAGGGCGCGCAGAAGCCGGGGGUGCCGUUGGCGCAGAGCGGGAGGCCCUUGUUCAUGCCCCAGCGCUUCCAGCUGGGCCAGCGCGCGGAGAUGCCCCAGGGUGUGGACCUGAACUUGGACCAGUUCAACCUCUCCAGCGAAGAGAGGUUCGCUGGGCGGCUGCCGCCCUGCAGCGGCUGCGCGGGCUCGCUGGAGGCCAAGGUGACCUUGGGCCGAGCUUUCCUGCGGGCUCUGCACCAGCAGGCCUGGGGUGGCAAGGCGGAGGAUCAGGAUCUCUUGCUGAACAUCUACAACGUGCCGCAGUGCGAUCGCACGGGGGAGGGGGAUGCUUUCAUCCUGCCGGACCCAAACAUGGAGUACAUCUCCAAGGUCCGCACCUUGGUGGGGGAGGAGGACUCCACGCGCGGGCGCCGCAAGCUGCGGUUCUCGGACAAGGCCUUCUCCGUGGCGAACCCGGGGCCCGAGUUCCCGCGGACCUGGACCCCGCGCUUCCAGGUGGAAAUGGACGGGCGGAUCUCCCAGACGGUGCCCACCAAGUUCGGCUUGGCCAAGCUGGAGGUGGACGACGCCUUUGAGCAGAGUCUGCUGAAGGACAUUCUCCCCACCGCGGCGCCCGAGUUCAACAAGACCACAGAGGACGGGGUGGCCUUCCGUAUCUACAAGAUCGGGAGCCUCGAGGUGCGGACCAUCCAAGAGGCCGAGGGCGAGGAGAAGGUGGCCGUGGUCUUCUCCAGCGGCGCGGCCUCCUGGGAGGCCAAGGCUGCCAAGGGCGAGGAGGCUUUGGCACGAGAGCUGGUGACCAGCUGCAAGAUCUACGCAGAGGCCAUGGAGCAUGAAGCUUGGGCGGAGGACAUGCCCUGCAAUUACUACGCCGUGCUCGAAAGCCAGUCGGGCGCCGUUGUUGCGACGGAGAUGACCUCGGAUGGCUCCUUCCUUUGGCUGCAGAACCCCAACAACUUGGAAGAUCGAAACUCCCUGGGCAAGCUGCUCUUCCAGGCGGAGUGCCGUGAGGGGGUGUGCAUGCGCGAUGUGAAGAAGCUGCAGCAGGAUCUGCCAGAAGGUGCGAACAUGCGGAAGCAGUACGCCAAGGCCAUCUAUAAGCUCGUCUCGGGCCGCACCUUCCGCGGGAAGUGGGGCGGCAACGUGCGACGCUACAUGGCUCCGCCCUCCUCUGGAAUCAGCCUGGCCGACAUGGGCAACUCCACUGACGUCCUCAACGUCAUGUGGCUGGCAAGGAACACUCCCAAACGCUGA